AUGGCGUGUCAGCUACUCUCUGCCGUGGAGCGACACGAACGCCUCUCGCCGAGCGACGUCCGGCCGGAGCAGCAUAGGCCUAGGCUGGGCGACGUCGUAGGCGACGUCCACAUCCCCGCUAAUCGACUUGGGCCGCCAAGGAAAGAGUAGUCAAAUCAUCAAACAGAUUGCCGACGCGUGCGGUUCGUAUGGCAUCUUCCAGGUCUUCACACUCCGCCUUCUCCUUGUCCCCCGAGUGUCCAAUUCUCUCGACCGGUCCAGGUCAUCUGAUGGAUUGUAGGAUCCUGUGCUCAUGAAGAUUGGAUGCCCGUGGAGGAGAAGAUGAGACUCUACUCUGAUGACCCGUCGAAGAAGUUCAGGCUCUCGACCAGUUUCAACGUUCGCAAAGAGACGUUUCGCAACUGGAGAGACUACCUUCGCCUCCACUGCUACCCUCCGGAGGAGUACGCCCACGAGUGGCCUUCGAACCCUCCUCCCUUCAAGUAAGCCUUGCCGUGAGAUGUGAACCUCCAUCGAGGCGGAUUCUUCCUUACCCUCUCGCCCUUCGAAUUUGCUAAUCGUGUGUAGUUUCCUAUCCUGCCUGCUAAUCAGCCCAAUGAGGUCAUCAACCUAAGUGAUCUAGACUAUUAAUUGGAGGAUGGGGGCCCUCAUAAGGAACCGUCACGUGAGAGUGUCCUGUCUGUCCUUAUUUUAACUGCAGUCAUCUCCGUCUGAUUGGAUAAAAUACCCAGCUACUAGCCCUUAAGAUCCAUAGAUCGACUUAUGUCCUCGAUCCUUCCUAACUUCAUAAUCGUUGGAUCAUCUACUGGUGUGCUGAAGAAAAGGAAUGACCAUAGCAUCUUUCCGUUAAUCCCUCCAAUUAAUUUACAUAAAUCUCUAUUUAAACGAUAAGCUCUCUUGUGAUGGAUUUUUGAACAGCUGAUCAGCCGAUCUCAUUUUUUUUCUAGAUUUUUCUACAGUAUUUCCUCCUCUUUGUUUCCCGCUUCCAGGAGCGUCGUCAGCUCCUACAGCAGGGAAGUCCGUAUGCUGGGUUUAUGGCUGCUUGGGGCCAUCUCCGAGGGCUUGGGUCUGGAAGAAGGGUACCUGCUGACAGCGCUGGGGGAGCAGGAGGAACACAUGGCCAUAAAUCACUACCCGCACUGUCCGGCACCGGAGCUCACCUACGGCCUGCAGGUCCAAGCAGACCCCAACGCGCUUACCAUCCUCCUGCAAGAGCCAGGGGUGGGGGGCCUCCAGAUUCUUAAAGAUGGCCGGUGGUUCGGAGUGGAUUCCAUCCCCAACGCUCUUGUCGUCAGCGUUGGUGACCAGUUGGAGGUGAGAUGAUCUCGUCUCUUGUGUCCCUCCUUCCUGUGUAUAAUGCCGAUGCUUUAACAGGCACUGAGCAAUGACCGGUACAAGAGCGUGUGGCACCGGGUGGUGGCCAAUCUGAGAAGCGUAGGAUCUCGGUGGCCUAGCUUCUCUGCCCUUCCCCUGAGGCAAUGGUCAGCCCUGCCAAGAAGCUCACAGCCAACGGAUCCCCGCCCCUGUACCGUAGCUACACCUACGGCGAGUACUACAAGACGUUUUGGACGAGGAACCUGGAUCAAGAACACUGUUUGGAGCUCUUCAAGUGUUAG